GAAGAGCCAUUUCUCUUCUAUAGUUCAUUUUUGUUCUAGUGUGUUUAACUUUUUAGUAUUUUUUUUUUAAAUAAUUGUUUGCAAAAAGCUAAUACUUUUUUCGUGCACAUAAAAGUUAAAAUGUUAAGAAAAAGUAUUUAUAAAUACUGAAAUAUAUAAUUUAAAGACAUACUAAACCUCAAGAAAAGUCCAAAAGAGCCUGACUCAGCUAUUUAGCGAACGUAUUUCAAACAAAAAAUCGUAUAUACAAGAAUAUUAAUUUAAAUAAUCAACUAUUUUGCAAGACGGAUUGAAGGAUAUUUUAAUAUAAAAGAAGACAUCCAAGUGGAUUCCUUGUAAAGCCAACCACCCAAAAUAUAACCUGCCAAGCAAAAACAAACAACAAAACAAGUUUAUACUAAAGUCAGCCACAAAGAGGUCAAAGAAGAAUAUAGACAACCAAACGUGUUUUAUUAAGAAAUAUAUACAUAUUUAUAGUAUCAAAAGUAUUCGAAUAUUAUUUCUUCUAAUAUACCAACCAACAAAGCAACAGGAAAAAGAAAACAUACCGAGUUAUUAUAUAAUAUUUAUAUCAUCAUUCAACAAGAUCCUUUCCCUCAAAAAUUAGAUUAAAUUCUACUAAUGAUACUACAAAAUACUAUAACAAUAUAAUUUAAAUUUAAAACAUAAACAUAAAACAUACGUUUUAGCGUUAGUUGUGUGAGACUAAGGACCUAAGGAAACGGAAACUGAAACAGUAUAUCAUAACAUUUUACAUUAAAUAUAUAUAUAUAUACAUGUAUAUAUUCCAUAUAUUAAUUAAAAUAAAUGUGUGUGUUUGUAAGCAACAGGAUUAAUAACAAAUCGUCAUUUAACUACGAAAACAACAGAAAAUUUUACUGCAACCGUGCUGAAUAUAACAAAAGCAACCGCAAUCGCAAUUAGAACAGAUAAAAGUAAACAGCAGCUGUAAGGUUGCAGAAACGCAACUUAAAACUCCAUAGGAGCAAACAGUUCGGGAAACAAAAAUAUUAACUUGUAUAAAUUUAUUUUUUAACCAACAAUCGUAAAUCAACAAUCAUAUAAUAGCAAUAAACACAUACAAAUCAUUCAAAGCAGAGCACAGAGUGAGAUACAUUUAUGUAUAUUAUCUCAAGAAGCUCCUAAAUACAAAAAAAAAAAAACAAAAAUCAAAGGCUGCUGUCCCUUGGAAAACAAAAACGUUGACAAAACAAGGGCAAAGAAGAAAAGCUCAGGGGAAUAAAAACAGUUGUAUCCACAUUUAACAAUUUUAAAACAUAAAUAAAAAAUAAACAUAAUAACUAUAGGCUAAGUAACUUGAAAUCUAUUUAAAACUAUAGAAUACAAUAUUAUAGAUAGAUAGCGUAGCCAAAUCCAAUUAUAAAUUUAACACAACAAACCAACAACAUACAUCCAUCCAACCAGCGAGCGAUCGAUCGAUCUACAUAUAUAAAUCAAUACAACCACAACCAAACAUAAAUUCUAACCACAAUGGACGAGUCACAGCCGAAAACGUUGUAUGUAGGGAAUUUGGAUGCCUCCGUGUCAGAAGACUUAUUAGUCGCUCUAUUUAGUCAAAUGGGUUCAGUGAAAAGUUGUAAAAUUAUACGUGAGGCUGGCAAUGAUCCCUAUGCUUUUAUCGAAUAUUCAUCUUACCAAUCAGCCACGACCGCCUUAACAGCCAUGAAUAAACGUUUAUUUCUCGAUAAAGAAAUUAAGGUUAAUUGGGCCACUAGUCCUGGCAAUCAGCCGAAAACAGACAUUAGUUCACAUCACCAUAUCUUUGUGGGCGAUCUAAGUCCUGAAAUAGAAACCGAAAGCUUACGCGAAGCAUUUGCUCCAUUUGGAGAGAUCUCUAACUGCCGCAUUGUACGUGAUCCGCAAACAAUGAAAUCGAAGGGUUACGCCUUCGUCUCGUUCGUUAAAAAGGCAGAAGCCGAAAAUGCAAUACAAUCAAUGAAUGGCCAAUGGAUUGGUUCACGUUCCAUACGUACCAACUGGUCAACGCGCAAACUAGCACCACCACGCGAAACCAGUAAAACAAAUACAGGCGGCGGUGGUGGAGGUAUAAAAAACAACUCACGACAAACUUUCGAAGAGGUCUACAACCAGUCAAGUCCCAUGAAUACCACAGUCUAUUGUGGUGGCUUCCCGCCAAAUUUGAUCACCGAAGAACUCAUGCACAAGCAUUUCGUGCAAUUCGGUACUAUACAAGACAUACGUGUUUUCAAAGACAAAGGCUAUUCCUUCAUCAAGUUUUUUACAAAAGAAUCGGCAGCUCGUGCCAUCGAACACACACACAAUUCGGAAGUGCUCGGCAAUACGGUCAAGUGUUUCUGGGGCAAAGAGAAUGGUGGCUUUAAUGCGGCGGCUGCCAACAACGAUAAUCAGAUGAACAAUAUGGCAGCGGCGUCAGCAGGUGCUGCUGCUGCGGCGGCUGCAGCAGCUGCUGGUGCCAUCAUUGGACCAGGUGGUAUGCCAACAACACCACAACAAGCAGCCGCCGCUCAAGCGGCAGCAAAUGCAGCAGCAGCUGCCGGUGCCACGAUACCCGGACAAAUGAUGACACAACAACAACUUGCCGCUGCAGCAGCAGCCGUACAAUAUCCAUAUGCGACGGCAUAUCAACAAAUGGGUUAUUGGUAUCCACCAGCGGGUUAUCAAGCAGCGCAAAUGCAAACACAAUAUAUGCAACAAGGCUACUAUCCAUACGCUUAUGCAGCAAGUGCGCAACAAGCUGGAGGCAUGCCUGCUGGUUACAGAAUGGUUCAGCCAAACGUUGCUUGGGGAGUUCCAGGAACAGUAGUACCAGGUGUUACAGCAGCAGCCACAGCAGCAAACGGUUCGCUGGGGCCACAAAUGAUGUAUAGUGCUGCAAUGCCACAAUAUCAAACCCAAUGAAGCUACUAAACUAGAGCAUGUUUUGUACAAAUUUUGUUAGAGCCAAAACAAAAUUAUAUUCACGAGUGUUGUUUUUUUAUUUUUUUUACUUGUCGAGAACGGACAAGAACAAAUGUGUAUUUGGACAAAUGAACAAGUGUGAUGUUGUAUUAUUAAGAUAUAAAAAAAAAAACUAAUUAAAAAAAGUGAGAGAAAAAACACAUUUAAAAUGUUUGUGAACACUCUGAAAACAUUUCUAUUUUACAACUUGUACACAAACAUGCUUAAACAACAAAUUUUCAACAAUGCUGUCUGUCUAUCUGUCAAAAGAGAAAACUAAUUUGACUUGAGAUCAUUUUUAUGUGUGUGCGUCAAAGAAUAAUAAAUAACAAGCAGAGGAAGAACCAGAAUCCAACUGAAACAGUAAUAAAUUUGUAUGAUUGAGACACAAAACAUAAAAAGGAUAAAUAAUAUUGCAAAAAAGAAAACCACAACAAACAAACAAAUCUCUCGCUAUAUUCCUUGAUUGUUUGCGAAUAAUACAAAAUAUAUGUAUAAUUUACUUACGUACGUUCCCCGUACAAUUUAACACAACACAAUAAAUACGCCAGUCUGGCAUCAUCUCAUGCCUCCUACCUAUUAUGAAUAAGAAGACCAAAAUACUGUUACACUUCAGUUUCUCCCAUUUAAUCACUCUCAAUUCAAAACCAGCAGGACAAGUCGAUUGUGAAAUCAAACGAUUGCUUUUUAUAGUACACGAUUAUUAUUUUAUACAUAAUUUUACGCAAAUCCUUCUACAUAUAUCUAUAUAACACAAAAUUUUACUCCAUCUGCAUACAAUAUUUCAUAUAGAUACAUUUAUACAAAUCCUGGGAAGAAUUAUUAAUUUUUCAAUCAAACAAAUCAAUUGCUUUUGACGAAAGAAACUUAAAAACUAAAUUUCUCCCAUUCCACUUUAUUUAUUUAUUACAAUAUGCUUUUCUAUAUAUUUAUUGUGUGAAAACAUCAUUCGAUUAAAAACAACAACGAAAACAAACACUUCAUUUAUUCAUAUAUGCAAUUGGACAACAAGAAGAACAUUAACAAAUUGCAAUUAUUCAAUGAUUAUUGAAAUUCAGCAUUGAUUUUCGAUUCUCCCAACUCUUAGCCACCCUCCGCCCUCUUUCCCAUACAUCGCCGCAUAUAUCUUGUACUAUUCGCUUACAAUCUCAAAACAAACAAACAAACAAAUAAAAAAAAAACAUAGAUGUUAGGUCGUUGUUAAUUAAAUUAUAUUUAAAAUAAACAAAAGAAUAAUUAUAAUAAAAAUAAUAAAAAAAAUCUUAAAAAAUAAACUGCAAAGAAAACUUUAUUGCAAGAAAGAAGAAACUAUAGAAAACAAAAAAUCAACAACAAAACAAAAACCAACAAGUGAUAGUAUAAUCUAAGGAAUCUGUCACUUUUUCGUCCUUUUUCACAUUUUAUUAUUAUUACUUACUAUUAUUAAAUUGUCGUUACCAUCUAUCUCUCAUUUCUUUGCUUAGCAAACAAAAAAAGAAAAACUGAUUAAUUAGUCAUAAAUCAUAAAAUAUUUUUUCUACAAAAAGAUUGUAAUUUAUGUAUCUAAAACAAACAAACAAAAAACAAAAACUCUUUACAACAAAAUUUCGUGUGAGGCAACCAAAACACCAACAACAACAAACAAAAUUAAAUUAAGUAACUACUCAAAAACAAAACAAAAAAAUUAACGUUUAACAACGUCAAAAAAAUUUAUAAUUAUGACUGGGAUUUUAAUCUCUAUAAGAAAAUCCAAAAAAGAAAACAAAAACAAAAAUAUUAAAUUUAUUGUUGAAAUGAUAAUUUAUUUUACUAAGAUACAAUAUUAGGAUGAAGUAAUAAAAAUGCAGCAGAAGAACGAACAUUAAAAAAAA